ACAAACAAUUCGACAGAUAAGAAAGACGUUUAAGUAUAUACGAUCGAUAUAUUUUAUGUAGUCAGGUGUAGUACCACACACUUUAAACGUCUGAUUUUACAAUGGAGUUUACAAUGAAACUUCGAAGUGCACCAUCUAGAACGAGAAUAACACAUUCGGCCACGAAUAUCGCCAAACUGAGUAAAUUUGCCAAAAAAAGGCAUCCGUCGAAAUGCAGGAAAUGUGUUUGUGUUCCUCAAAAUAUAGGAUCAAUUGAGUUCCCACCUGUGUGGAUGGAACUUAGGUUGAACAGUCAGUUGUGCGAUGGCAUUGUACACUGUGAAGAUGGAACUAUUUUUAAUAUUCACCGAGCGAUUUUAGCAUCAGUUAGUCCUUACUUUAAGGCUUUAUUUACAAACUCAAUAAACAGAGGACAGCCCGAAACAAAAGAAGCACAUGUCAGUAUACCUCAUGAUAUAUUUCAAAAACUACUUGAUUUCGCUUAUACUGGUCACUGUAUAGUUAACAAUGAUAAUGUGGAGUAUCUUCUACGGUUUGCAGAUCAGUAUGAAAUACUUGGAGUUGUGCGAUUAUGUUGCCAGUUUGUUCUAGAUCAGUUACAACCUACAAAUUGCUUGGGCAUACUUCGGUUCGCAAAACAUUACUUUUGUAAAGAGUUAGAAGAAAGGGGCCGACUGUACGUAAGACAUCAUUUCAUGGAUCUAUUGAAAGAAAGUGUUGAAUUAGCCACGCUACAACUAGAUGAGUUACUAGAAAUAUUGUCAGAUGAUGAACUCAAUAUAAAAACAGAGGAAUCAGUUUUUCAAGCGAUCAAAAAAUGGAUUGAUGUGGACGUAGAUAAUAGGAAAACUCACCUUCCCAAAUUGUUAUCGUGUGUAAGGGUGGGAACUCUUCCAUAUGAGAAUGUAAUAGAUAUGUUGAAAUGGCCACCAAUUAUGGAAAAUGCAGAAUGUCAAGAACAACUAUUUCCGAUAGUGCACCUGUUAGAAAACCCAACCAACGAUUUACUAGACAUAAAUUCUAAUCAUUUAUAUAGACCACGAAUUCCGUACGAUAUUCUUUUUGCGGUUGGUGGAUGGAGUGCGGGCAGUCCGACGAACUUUAUAGAAACUUAUGAUGCUAGAGCGGACCGCUGGCUAUUAGUUAUGGAUACUGAUAAUUCUCCAAGAGCCUAUCAUGGUCUUUGUGCUCUAAAUGGACUCAUUUAUAUGAUAGGAGGUUUUGAUGGUACAGAUCACUUUAAUACAGUACGCUGCUUUGAUCCCGUAAAAAGAGUGUGGAAGGAAUGUGCUUGUAUGUAUUUUCCACGGUGUUACGUGAGCGUGGUUAUGUACGAAGGAAAAAUUUAUGCACUCGGAGGAUAUAAUGGAAGAGUCAGGAUGAAUUCAGCAGAACGGUACGAUCCGGAGAUUAAUCAAUGGGAACUAAUUCAACCCAUGCAAAAACAAAGAUCUGAUGCUAGCGCUGCAGCAUUAAACAAAAAAAUCUAUAUCGUAGGUGGCUUUAACGGCAGUGAGGUGAUGAACUCGGCAGAAUGCUACGACACACUAGUAAACCAAUGGAGCUACAUUCCUCAAAUGACAACAGCACGUUCGGGGGUUUCUCUAGUUGCUUUCCGAAACAGUCUGUAUGCCUUUGGUGGUUUUGAUGGGUUCACAAGACUUACUAGUGCCGAGAAAUACACUCCGGGGGAAUCUAUAGACUGGUCGGAAAUAGCUGAAAUGUUUUGUCCUAGAAGUAAUUUUGCUACAGCUGUUUUAGAUGACUUUAUUUACGUAAUAGGAGGAUUUAAUGAUCUGUUUGUUGCAGGAUCUACAACUAUAAACUAUGUAGAAUGUUACGAUGUUGACAAUAACGAGUGGUUUGAUGUAGCCCGAAUGAAUUUAAAUAGGUCCGCAUUAAGUGCUUGCGUGGUAAGCGGACUCCCCAACGCUAAAGAGUAUUCAUUGGUUGGUAAAUGUCAAAAAGAAAUGGGUCAAGGAGCCGGUGGAUCUGUCGAACAGUCGGAAUUUUUAGAUUGAAAAAACCUUAUAAAAAUUAUUUAAUUUAGUUGCAAACAAAAUUAAUUCAACCGACGCAAAUGAAACUAAGAUGGUGCCCUUUUACACAAUUUUUUGUCACAAAAUUUUUGAUUUUAUUUAUAUUGUGGUCUCACCUUUUUAUCUUUACAUGUAUGUAUUUCAUAUUGUUUACUUUUUUUUAAUUAAAAACGAAUGAUCUCGC